AUGUCUGUCUUGCCUAUGGCGCCGCCCGCAAAGAGCCCUUUGGCUCGCUACCGUGUGCUCUCGCCCACUGCCUCGGUGCGCGUGAGCCCGCUCUGCCUGGGAGCCAUGAACUUCGGGAACGCCUGGAAGGACUAUAUGGGAGCCUGCGACCAGAGCCAGACCGAGAAGAUUCUGGACUUUUUCUACGAGCAGGGCGGCAACUUCAUCGACACUGCCAACAACUACCAGUUCGAGGAAUCCGAGCAGUGGAUUGGAGAGUGGAUGAAGAAGCGCGGCCUUCGUGACCAGAUCGUCCUGGCGACCAAGUUCACUACAAAUUUCCGUUCCGGGCAUGACGAGGAAAUCACUGUCAACUUCACUGGGAAUGGCACCAAGAGUCUCCACACGUCGGUCAACGCUAGUUUGCGCAAACUACAAACCGACUAUAUCGACCUUCUAUAUGUCCACUGGUGGGAUUUCAGCACCUCAAUCCCCGAAUUGAUGCAGGCGCUCAAUGCCUUGGUCACCUCUGGUAAGGUAUUGUACCUCGGUGUGUCGGACACACCUGCCUGGGUCGUCUCGAAAGCCAACCAGUACGCUCGGGAUCACGGCUUCCGCCAGUUCUCCGUAUACCAGGGUAGGUGGUCUGCCGCGAGCCGUGACUUCGAGCGCGAGAUCAUCCCCAUGUGCCGCGAAGAAGGUAUGGGUCUGGCCCCCUGGGGCGCGCUCGGCGGCGGCAAGUUCAAGACGGAGGAGCAGCGCAAGAACAGCGGCGGCCGCAAGGUCGAAGCGAGCGAGACCGACAUCAAGGUCAGCAAGGCACUGGAGGCAGUCGCUAAGCGCAAGAACACGAUCAUCACCUCGGUUGCCCAGGCCUACGUGAUGCACAAGACCCCGUACGUGUUCCCUAUUGUCGGCGGAAGGACCAUCGACCAUCUGAAGGGCAACAUCGAGGCCUUGACACUCGAGCUUUCGGAACAGGAUAUUCAGGAGAUUGAGGGCGCCGAGAAGUUCGACAUCGGCUUCCCAGCCAACUUCUUGUGGGGCGAGAAGAUCCCCGAUCAUCCAGGAAAGGUCUGGCUGCUUGGAAUGGGCGGCACUUUCGACUACGUCCAAACGCCCAGGCCCAUCGCGCCCUCGAAGAGGGAGUCUUAG